AUGGGAUAAGAAUAAAGUAUUAAUGAAAAGACCUAAGAGUAUAAAUAAUUUCUUUUAUAAUACUCAUAAGAAAGAGAGGCUACACAUCCUUAAUUUGGAACAAUUAAAUUGUUUACACACAUUUAAGUAAAAAUCAAAUUAACAAAUAGACUAAUGAAUAAAUAUGUCUAAAGAAGUAUUUUACUAAAAGUGAAAAAGAAUUCUCCAAUCUAGUAGCUCAUCUCAGAUAAAGAAAUUCAUUUGAAUAAACCAAUUUAUUAAAAAUACUUGCAGUACACAAAUAGGAUCAAAUAAAAAUAUGCUCAGACUAGAGUUAGAUAGCCAUAAUUAUUUAAUAUUAUUAAGAAAACUUGACAAAUGAGAUUAGUAUUAGAAAAAUUAACAAUAGACCUUACAAAGAAGGACAUAUUUGGAUUCUCUUACAAUAAAUUAUAGACCCAUGUACAUAUUUAUGCGAAAGAAAUAUAUUUCAUGGAGAUAUUAAACCAUCAACACUUUAUUUAGAUGAAAAUGGAUGCAUUAAAUUAUGUGAAUGUAGUAUGUUCAAAGAUGGACUUAAUGGAUAUUAAAAAAUGAUACAAAGUUAGGAUAAAUCAUAUUUAUCUCCUAUUCUAUUGAAAUAAUAUAAAGAAUUAAUUAUGUUGCCUAGUCAUGAUCCAUAUAAGAGUGAUAUAUAUUCAUUAGGCUUGACAGUUUUAAGUGUAAUUUUAAUGGAAGAAGUCUAUGAUUGUUUUGAUUAUGUUAAUGGCAUUGUUUUAACUCAUUCUUUGGAAUAAAAAUUCAUUCGAAUUAAGCAAAUGGGAUAUUCUUAAAUUUUGAUUGAAUUUAUCAAAUAAUUAUUAUUGUUUGAUGAAUAAGAAAGACCCUCCUGGCAAAUGCUUAAGGAAUUUAUUGACAAAUAUAGAGAUAAAAUUUACAACAUGAUACCAUUCUAUUAAAACCAAUUAAAUAACUAAAAAUCACCUAUAAGAUAGUCUAAUCAAUUUAAUAAAUCUCCUCUUAGAUAGAACAUGAUUUAUCUUGUAAAUAUAAUCUUUAUAGUAGCCAUUAAAUAAGUCACCACAAUAGUAAUUUUAGAUAUCUUAAUAAUUUAAUACAAGCAGAUCAGAUACAAAGACAAAAUAUGUACAAAUAAGUAAAGAAAAUUACUGA